AUGUCCCACGAUGCUCGGGGCGCCAUGAAGCCUCAAGUAGAUCAAUCUGGAUUCCCAGACUCUUUGCAGAGCUUUUUGAUGGACAAAAAAGACCUGAAUCAUGCACCUCAAGCGCAUAUAAGCCAAAUAGGUUCCAAAAUGAAUAUUGAGAAUAAUACGCUUACAAUUGGGGGCACUGGGGAGCCCAGAAGAAGUGGCAAACCUCGAAUGACCAUGGACGCUGGUCGAAAACUAGAUUUGAAGCGAUCAUUGGUACGAGAGCAGUCCGACAGGAAAAUUACUACAAAUGCGGAGACUCCGGACCUCAGCCUAUCGGGAUCAGACUCACUACCUCAAUCGCAACCAGAGCCUUGCAGCGGGCAAAGAAAAACUUAUCAAUUGGAGCUGGGGCUCCAUGAGUCCAGGUUUUCUGAGGAAUUGGUGAUAUUAGAUUUAUCAAGCGUACGGGGCUUGAAAGAAGGAGAUUUGGCGGAACUCAAGACGUAUAAGGGCAAGAAUGGAGUCAAAGGCAAGAAAAUAUAUUUUGUGGUGAAAGAUUUCGAUAAAGAACUUCGGAAACGAUACAAAAACGCACAAAUUUCGGUGUUAUCAGGUCAGUUACAACAUGCGAUAGGGUUGCCUACGCGUUCCAAAGUUUGGGUCAAGGCGAAAGAUAGAAAUGCUUGUCAAGCAGACCUUGUUGAGCUCUAUGUUAAGGACUGCCUGAUUCAUCGUGGUGAUAUGUGGGUCUUUUCCUCCGAGAUAACUGGUAGCUGCGUUUACAAUGAGCAAAGAUUAACUUUUGUGGAUAGUGUUCGAGCUACAGUCCAUGGGAUAUAUCGCGAAGGGAAGAAAGUUCUUUCAGGCUACAUCGGCGAUGAUACGAAAGUUGUCUUUCGAUCAGAAUCUGCUAGAUUAGUCUUUCUGAUACAAAUAACUAAUGAGAUGUGGCACUUUGAAGAAAAUGGCGACAUCUAUUUUUACAAGGUAGUCAAUUCUCUGUUUCCAACCAUCUUCAAAAAGUGGAAAAAUAUAGGCACACAUCACACAAUCACCAUAGUUUUCUCCGCCUCCUUGGAUCUCUCAGAUAUUCCAUUCCGAGACAUACCAGACGGUGAAAGACCUAAAAAUACAAAAGAUUACUAUCGCAUUGUUGUUGAUCAAGUAAAUAUAGUUCACUGGACAGAGAUCAUGAAAACACUGAGGCAGGAGUUUAAAAAUAUAUCUAAAGAAUUGAAAACUUACCAAACAGAAGAUGGUAUAUCUUUGGUUAGAGGUCGAUUUUCUCCUGCUAUCAAGUCGAAUAUCCUAGAGACUAUUUGCUUGGCCACGACAUUUUGUACCAAUCCUUUUAGACAGCCUGAUCUUCGACGAACAGCGGCGCAUGUCAUUAUUGUUAGUCCUGGAUCAUGCAUUUACGAUGUUGACUUUGACUUGCUCAAGGAAACAAGUAAAAAAGUUCAAUCAAUUGAGCUUUCUCUUGAUGUCAUUUGUUUAGGACGACCCCCUUUGCACGUUGUUCCUCUCCUGAGGUAUCGAGAUUACGAAAAUCGACUCCGAUGCUGUGUACCUUCUUGGAUAAACAUUUCUUUUUGGAGGUAUUCGUCCUAUUCUAAUAAUAUUUGGUAUCCGAGGUGUAAGAUGCAUGACCUUCAAAUGAUGGGAUUGACCGAAACAGAGAUGAAGGAUGAGAUCGCAAUAGACUAUAUGGAGGUACCUCCCAACACAUCUUCGAUCUCUGAGUUGAUGAAGCAACACGACAAUAGUAUAUUUACUUAUCAGAACGACAUUGACGUGGAGGAGAGAAAAUCUAUUUCAUCAGAUUUUAUCAACGAAUCAAAACCAAAGAAAGGGACGAAACCUAUUGAGAGACCAACGAAAGCAUAUCUCUCGUGGAACCCACCAAGAUCUGCUUCGCCCAUGGUACAAUCAACGGCUUCAUUGCAAGUGUUUGGGGACCUAGCUCAAUCCAGUCUCAGCGGACCCCCGCAUACUGGCAGUGGUAGAAUUGACCCACAUAAUAAUGAUGAAAAAGCUCAGAAUGAAUCGCGGGCCGUUAAUAAAUUGAAGAGCGUGACAAAAGGUGGAAACAUUGCACAACGAAUUGUUUCUAGAUUUCUCCCAGAAGCUGAAUUGAAGCCCAAGAGAAGUCCUACGGUAACACCCACAAAAAGCGCACCUACCUCCCAAGUUUCUCGGAACGAAAAUCAAUCUGCGCUUGAUGACAUAGGAACCUACAGUCAAUUGCCGAUGUUGAGAAAGAACAUCUCCUCUUUGAAAGCACCUAUGGCUAAAAAGGCCCCUUUCGAGCUGGUUUCGUCGUGUGGUCAAUCUUUGUCGAGCUCCCCUCAGCGUCUUCCAAAUUCCUUUUCUCAUAAGAUUCAAAAAAGAGCCGCUGUGGAUGAUAUGAUGGCAAUUCUCUUUAGCUGGCUAGAGAUAAAAAAUCCAUCGAUGCCGAUGAGCUUAGAGCGGGCAAGCUCUUUGAUCAUGCCCCAGUACAGAGACGUUUUUCCAAAAUAUGUUGCAAAGAAAUACAAUAAAUGGAAAUCGUUAACAACUCCAGCGGAGCUCCCCAUAACCAUAUCAUCCUUCCCAGCUAAAAGCGACUUCGAGAAGAAUUUUACUUUCACUAAUCAUUCUGUUAUAUUGAACCCUGAUCAAGAAGUUGAAAAUCAAACCGCUUUCGAUCUGUUAAGAGACAUGGUUUACGUCAGACUUUUGUCGGGCUUCCAAAUUUGCACCGGCGAAACAGUUGAAAAUAUUGAAUUCUCAAAGGGCAAUGAAGGUGACAGUCGAAAACUCGCGAAAAGAUUGACAAAAGGUAAUUAUAUGGAUGUCAAGAUGUACAUGAUGUUUUAUGAAGAAAUUCAUAAGCUAAGUUGCGACUAUGAUGGUACUAUCAAUGUGCAAAGACAUAUUCGCAAGAAUAACGACGCUAUAGGAAGCGGCGUGCCCACUUACUAUCCAGAAAUCAAAACUAGAUACGAAAGUUCAUAUCGUGAAACAAUGACCGAUCCCCUCAAAAUGAACAGAGAAAGGUUUAAUUGGAAUCAGCUAGAUCAGAUGCUGGCAGGCUAUGGAGAUUCUGUUAUUGAAAAGAAUAAGAAACAAUUUCGUUCCAAAUUUGUAAUAUUGCCAUCUGACGUUCCGGAAAAUACGUUCUCGUCUACAAUAAAUGGCAGAUCAGAGACUUUGAGUGCUGAGGAAAUCAGACUUGAAGGUUUGAGACGGCUCAUUUCUUCGAUAUAUCGUACCAGGCUCAAAAAUGGGCGUGACAAGCUACCACGCUCCUCCAGAAAAGAAGAAAUCGCACCAGAAAUUCUCUUCUACACUGGGUCACUGUUCAGUUUCAUAGAUGAGCAGGCUGAAAUUCUAAAAUCGACUGGGAACACCCGAAGUGAUACAAUAUUUGUCAAAGAUGAAGAUUCUCUCUCCAAAGAUGUCGAUAUUGUGGACCUGGCAUAUGAUAUGCAGUAUGGCAAGAAUCAUUUACGUCUAGUAAAUCGCAAGUGGCACUGGAAAAAACAUAAUAACUGCUUUUUGGGGUUAGAGUUAGUCAAUUGGCUUAUCGAAAACUUCUCUGAUAUCGACACACGAGACGACGCCGUAGCUUACGGCCAAGAGUUGAUGGGCCGCGGCCUUUUCGUUCACGUUGAAAACAGACAUGGAUUUUUAGAUGGACAUUACUUCUAUCAAAUUAGCUCAGAGUUUGUGCACAACCCACGAUUUCGGGAGGCGGUUCCAGACGGACAACAACUACAUGCCGACUCUCUCUCAAAACGUAGCAUAGUGUCCGAGAAUCUGGAUAUGCGCCCUUCAAAGAUUGAGCCCAUCAGUGAUGAAUCCCACAGAAAGGAAGCCACAAUAAGACGUACCGGUGAAGUCAAUAAACCUACCGUUCUCCUCAGUAACAUGAUCACAGUAGACGCAGAUUUGGGGAGAAGGUCUUACAAACCUGAAAUUUGCAAAGUUCACUAUGACAGAGUACACAAUCCCAACCACUGCUUCCAUAUAAGAUUGGAAUGGUUAACUGCAACCCCCAAACUUAUCGACGACUUGAUAAACAGCUGGGCAAGGUUAUGUAAGCGUUACGGACUGAAACUAGUCGAAGUUCCCUGGGUUGAGCUCUGCACCAUACCUUUGUCCAAUCCUUUUCACACAUUUGUUGACAUAACAUUAGCCAUAGACCCAUGGAAAGAUCCGGAAUUCAAAGACGAAAAGUUGCUGUCUCAAGGUCCAUACUAUUACCAUACUUACCUUUUGGAACAGAGUGGAUUCCUCAUUGACAAUAGGGCUUCAAAUUUACUAAGGAAAGGUGUCAUUGACCAUGAAGUGGUCUACUCUUGGGGGAAGCCAAAAUUCAAGUACGCUCAAUAUAUCCAUUGUACUGGAGCUUAUAUUGCAGAAAUUAGAGAGAAUGGUAAUUUAUUCUUAGCCCCUAACAACAGGCAUCUGUCGAGAGUUAACGUGGAUUCGGUAACCUUGAAAACCAGACAAUCGCCACGGUUUGCACUAGAUGCCCAGAAGAUCAUGCUCGAUUUCAAAAAGACAUGUCUUGACUACAGGAAGCUGCACGCAAUUUUUUUACAAGCGAAAGAAAUUUGGUUGAAGGAGGAAGUUAGUGCUUUGGAAUAUUUUGGGGAGUUUCCAAAAGCGCCGAGUCCAGCCCGAGCGUUAGAGCGGUAA